UGCUUACGUACGCGUACCAGAAAAUGUAAGCUCAAAUGGAAGAAGCUUCAGAUUGAGACUCAGGUUUUUCGAGUCUAGAUCUCUGCGAGCAUCUCAUUCGGCAAUCGCCAGCCGUAGAGUGUAGACAUCAGAGAUGAGAUCGCAAAAUAGUUCUCUUCUUAAAUUUGUGUUGAUUUUGACAACGUCGUUUAUCUUGGCGACACCACAGAACUAUUACUACAAUGGCUAUACACCAAAUGGGCCUUGGAAUGGAGUAGCUCCUUCGUAUCUCACGAUUGAUAACUAUGGCAAUUGCCAGGCCAAUGAUCGUCCUUUGGUUGGAAGAUGUGUUAGGUACGUGGACUGCAUUAGUGCAUUGCAAUCUGUGCCACGAGUGACGCCCUUACUUUGCCCAUCAUCGUGGCCCAAUCAGCUGGUAUGUUGUCCCCAUGGCGGAUACUUGAUUCCGGGACCUAGGGUCUCUAAAAGUGAAGAAGCAUGUUCCAGUGCCUAUCCAAGAGCUCAUCACAAGCGCCGUCGGCGUCGUCGUCGUCGGAAUACUACCUCCAAUCAAGAUCAAGUGGAACUAGUUGAGCCAAUUAACCAAAAGCGCAAUCAAAGUGAAAAUCUUCUUGUGGGUGGCAGACUCACCCUGGAUAAUGAGCAUCCUUAUAUGUGUGCCCUCGGCUGGCCCUCCCGCACGAACAGAUGGAUUCAUAAGCACGGCUCUAGCAAGCGCAGAUAUAUGUUUAACUGUGGCUGCGUUAUGAUUUCACCACGGUUCGCUAUAACGGCGGCCCACUGUGCCAGCAUCGGUGGGGAACCCCCGUCUGUGGCGCUGAUCGGCGGCGUCGAGUUGAAUGGCGACCGCGGGCAACAAAUUGAAAUCAAGAAGAUAACCAAGCACCCGCACUUCAAUGAGGAGACCCUAGUCAACGACUUGGCUGUGGUUAAAUUGGCCAGGAGAUCCCACAAGGCAGUGGCCUGUCUCUGGAACCAGGAAUCCUUGCCGGAGGUUCCACUCACUGCUUUGGGUUAUGGACAAACCAAGUUUGCUGGCCCGCAUUCUAACAAUCUACUGCAAAUAAGGCUUCACCACUUGAAUUUCCAACAAUGCCAGAAAUAUUUGCAAAACGAUGAUAAGUUAGUGAAUGGCUUGGGUUCGGGACAACUAUGCGCGGGAGAUUACUCCGGCAACAUGGAUACGUGUCAGGGCGAUUCUGGAGGUCCCUUGCUGCUUCAUCAACAGAUGCGACAUCAGCAUCAUCGUAUUCCCUACGUAGUGGGAAUUACUUCUUUUGGAGGAGCCUGUGCCUCCGGCCAGCCCGGAGUAUAUGUCCGAAUAGUUCACUACAUUGAGUGGUUAGAGCAACAGGUGUGGCCUUAAACUCAUAACAACUUAAAUUUACUAAAU